CCCCGGCUCGGUCCCCACAGGAGCUGUGGCUCAGAGCUCCCUGGGUGUGCCCCAGGACCCUUCAGCACCCUGCAGAGCAGGAGCUGGGUGCUGUGUCCCUGCUUUCUCAGUUCUGUUCUGUCUGGGGCUUUGCUCUCUGAGGCCAAAGGUGGCAUUUUCUGGUGUUGUGAUGUGUCUGCCUUGGGUAACAGCUGAGAGGCUUGGGGGGGGGUGGAACCAGGUGAUCCUUUCCAACCCAAACCAUUCCCUAAAGGCUCCUUCCCAGCUUUGAGAUGGCUCCUUGGUGACUCUGUGCAUCUCUGACCUGUGAUGGAGCACUUUGGGGUUUAAAAGCUCUGUCCUGCUUCUUGUUUGCUGGGGAUCCACAGGAGGUGACUCCCAGCAGUCACCUGCAUGUGCACGGGUGAUGGUGGGGACAAGGUGGAUGCUCCGGGUGCAGGUGACACCCCGGGGACAGGAGGUGCAGGUGACCAGCCCGGCAUUCCCUUCCUGUGACAGCGCUGCCAGCCCUGCCCGGGGCUGUUUCUCGUGAUGCUUUGGUGGAGGCACGGGAGCUGAGUGACACAAGAACUCCUGCUCGGGAGCACCCUGUCCCUGCACGGCUCUGCCAGCCCCCAGAGGCAGCUUUGGCAAACGGGAUUAGCGUUUCCCAAGACUAACAAGGCUUUAAAUGUGGUCAUGACUACCCUGAGCUGUGGAUGGAUGGGAAGGAUUGCAGCUCCUGUAGCAGGUUCUGCUGAAAAUUCCAGAUGGGAAUGUGCUGAGCUGAUUGCUCUGCAAGUUACAGCUUCCAGAUGAAACCAAGAACUCUGUCCUCAUGGAAAGAUUGGGAAGCCCUGAGAAACUCUUUCAGUUAAAACUUCCUCUCCUCUUUCAUAAAAUAUCUCUGUUCCAAGCAGUUACUGACCCGCUGGUGUUUAAUUCUGCUGGAGGUGUGUGGGGGAAGCCCUGCAUCCAUCAGCAAGGGUGGCUUUGAUCUUUGAGGGUUCCCAGUGCUGCUGGUUUAUCCAGAAAGGUGAGAUGGGCACCUCUGCCAGCCCUGGAAACUACUGUCCUCAGGUCAAAGCUGGGAAUCGUUUGAUCUUCCUCCUAAAACUAAUUCUGUCCUCAGAGCAUUUGCAGCCCAUUCUCCACAGACAUCCCAUGACCCAGCUCUGCAUUUUUGGGAACGGGGUAUCAGUGGUAAAUCUCGAAAAGAAUGUAAAUAGGUGCUUUAACCACAAUUGAAUUCCUGUGCCCUGAUUAGCCCUCCCUGCUCACAUCUAAAGCACUAAAUUUAGUUUGUUUUCCUCAGUGGUCAUUAAGGAGUUGCCAGUUAAGCCACGGAACCAGCCAUGCUGGCUGUGGCUCGGUUUAUCUCCCAAGGUGAAAUCCCUUGGAAGGGGGGGAAGCUUCCUGAACGUGAAGAUGCUGCAGGAGCCCACAGCAGCAGCCUGCUCUGAUGGAGCUGAGCUGCUUCCCACAGGGAAACCUCCCAGGCAAGGGGAGCAAAGAACCAGUUUUACAUGAACUGGUCAGUGCCAGAAAUCAGGGAGCCAGCCCUUGCUCCUUCACUGACUCCAAAUGGGCAAUGAUGAGGAGUUCAGCUCCUGAAACCAGACAAUCUCUUGACCUUGAUGCCAGAAAAGAGCACUGAAGUUUCAUUGUUCUGACACCACCUGUUGCAAGAGCUUUCUCCAGCAGUGACCUAAUAUUUCAGAUGUAGCAAUGGUGUGAAGUCAUCUGCUCAUCACUUUCAUAUGAAGGAAACCACAACCAAACCAAAGUGCUGCUGUUUCUGUUCCUCUGCCCACUGGGAUUUCCACUCCCAGCCAUCCUGGCUUGGCUGUGGCUUCUCCAAAGGAUUCAGAACCACCUGACCCAGAAUUGCCAAGCACUGGGCUUUCCUGCAAUCUCUGAAGCAAAGCAAGGGCUGCUCAGCAUUUCUGCAGGGAAAAAGAAAAUAAAGCCAUGCUGUGGAGAUCUGCCCACACUGCAAAUCUGGGUCUUGCAAAACAUGGAUUUCUCCUCCACAGUGCAGAACAAACCUUGUUCCAACAUGACUGUGCUGAAGGAUUGUCCCUGGCAGGCUGCAUCUAUAAUCAACACAGGAUCUCUGUACUUCAGAGGUUGAGCUAACCUUACGGCAGUUUUUACAUCAGCCAAGAAGUUACUCCUGAAUUAUUCUAACCAGAGUCCUCCCCUCUUCCCUUUGCUGCUGUCUCUGUGCUGGCCCUGACACCAAGGCCACCACAGUGUCAAACUCCACAGUCUGAGCUUUUUCCACCUGUCCAGAAGGAAAAUAACUGAGCAAAGGGGUUGUUUGUGAUGGUGUUGAAAGAGCUGUGCUUUGCCCUGCGAGGCUCCAAAGAAAUAACAAAGCUGCCCUGAGGCAGAGCAGGAGGGACAGCCCCUGACAGCAACCCUGUGGACUUUGGGACUCAGAUUUGUUAUUCAGCCUUGCUUUCUUUGGAGCAGCUUUUUACAACUUCUCCCAGCCUGGUGAGGAUCCAGUGGUGGUUAAUAAUAGAUAAACAGGGAGGGCUCCCAGAUUCUCACUGGAGAGGCUGCAGGUGACAACUUGUGUGACACUUUUGCUAUAGGCAUGGGGCCCUGCUCAAAUCUCACAGAAUUCUGACUAACUCAGUGGUUAAUGCAGCAAAUAUUUGGUGUUUUGCCAAGUCACCUCCUGAGAUGUCCCUGGCCAGUGGCAGAGCCCAUCCAGGCUCACAAAUUCUGGUUUCACUACUGCUCUCCAUCUCUCUGUUCCUGUUUCUCAGCAAAAUCAAAACCUUGCACGAGGCAAAGAACACAAGAAACAAGACAAUGGGCUCCACCACAACUCAGAUGGAAAGCUUUUUUGGGAAGAGUGUGCCAGUGAGCCUGGAGCAGUGCAUGGCUUGGAAAUCCAGCUUGGGAGGAAUUCUGGUUUGAGGGUUUUCCACUGGAAAAUGUCAUAGCAAAUCUAAGAAUAGGAGUUAACUGGCAAAGGACAGAAAAGCAGACUCUGUCCCAAAGAACAAAUGUGCUGAAAUCCCUGCUGUGCCUGGCUAAGGCUCAGAGUAAUGCUGGCUUUAUUACCAACACAGGAGUGUCCAGAUACCAUAGGAGAUCUGUGCUGGGAGACCAAUACUCAUUCAGAUUAUUGCAACAUUUUAUACUUCUUCAAUCCCAUUAUGUCAUGAGAACGUCUCUGAGCCUCGGUUUCACAGGAAGUGAGAUUUCCUGCCCUGCUGCUCAGUAGGAUGUGAAGCUGCAGCUGAAGUCAGUAUGGCCUCAGGAAAGACCCCAACCCCAGACCUGCUGAAGGCUGAGGAGCAGCACACUGUGAGCGCUGUCAAUCGAGUCACCAACCUGCCCUUGCUCAAUUCUGCCUUCAACCUGGUCUCCUCUGCCUACAACCAGACCAAGGAGUGCCACCCCUGCCUCAGCGGUGUCUGCAGCGUGGCUGAGACCGUGGCAGCCGUGGCUGUGGGCAGCGUGGUCGGAGGGGCACAGCCCAUCCUGAGCCAGCUCGAGCCACAGAUUGCUCUUGUGAAUGAAUAUGCCUGUAAAGGUCUGGAUCAGCUGGAGGAGAACUUGCCCUUCCUGCAGCAGCCAGCAGACAAGGUGAUCUCAGACACCAAGCAGCUGGUGGCCACCAAAGUGACAUCUGCUAUGGACGCUGCCUGUGAGGCCAAGGAAGCGGUGGCUGAUAAGGUCACUGAAGCUGUGGACCUCACUAAAAACGUUGUUGGGGACAGUGUCAAGCUGACCAGGUCUGUGGUCAGCUCCACUGUCAGCAGUGCUGUGGAGGCUGCCCAGGGUGCCAAGGAGCUGGUGACCAGCAAGGUGACAGAGGCUGUGGAUGUCACCAAGCACAUGGUGGAGGACAGUGUUGACAGGACCAAGUCUGCAGUUGCCUCUACGAUUGUCAAUGCGGUGGAGGCUGCCCAGGGGGCCAAGGAGCUGGUGACCAGCAAGGUGACAGAGGCUGUGGACCUCAGUAAGCACCUUGUGGAGGACAGUGUUGACAGAACCAAGUCUGCUGUGUCUUCCACCAUCACUGCAGCUGUAGGGGCUGCCCAGGGAGCCAAGGAGCUGGUGACCAACAAGGUGACAGAUGCUGUGGACAAGGUCACCAAAGCCGUGGAUGUCACCAAGCACAUGGUGGAGGACAGUGUUGACAUGACCAAGUCUGCAGUUGCCUCCACGAUUGUCAGCGCUGUGGAGGCUGCUCAAGGGGCCAAGGAGCUGGUGACAGACAAGGUGACCAAGGCAGUGGACCUCAGCAAACACAUUGUAGAAGACAGUGUUGACCUGACCAAGUCUGCAGUUGCCUCUACGAUUGUCAAUGCGGUGGAGGCUGCCCAGGGGGCCAAGGAGCUGGUGGCCAGCAAGGUGACAGAGGCCGUGGAUGUCACCAAGCACACGGUGGAGGACAGCAUUGACAGGACCAAGUCUGCUGUUGCUUCCACCAUCACUGCAGCUGUGGGGGCUGCCCAGGGGGCCAAGGACCUGGUGGCCAACAAGGUGACUGAAGCAGUGGACCUGACCAAAGGGGCUGUUCAAGACAGCGUUGAGAAGACCAAAUCUGUGGUCACCUCUACGGUCAGCACAGCUCUGGAUGCUGCCUAUGGAACCAUCACCAGCAAGAUCAACACAGCCCUGGAGCAGGGCAGGGAGGUUCUCCAGGAGGGCGUGGAGAUGACCAACUCAGUGGUGACCAACAGCAUAAGCAAGGCCAAGGCAGUGAGCCAGGCAGUGGCUGGAGGUGUGGAAUCUGUCCUGGGAAUGUCAGAAGAUCUGGUGGAUCAUUACCUCCCAAUGACUGAGGAAGAGCUAGGUAAACUGGCCACCACGGUGCAGGGCUUUGGCGUGGCCUCCCUGGAGGAGCAGAAGAGGCAGAGGAGUUACUUUGUGCGCCUGGGCUCGCUGUCGGGCCGCGUGCGGCACCGAGCCUACCAGCACUCCCUGGCCAAGCUGCAGGGCUUCAGGCACCGCACCCAGGACCCCCUGGCACGGCUGCAGCUGGCACUGAGACUGAUUGAAUCUGUGAAACAGGAGGUCGGCCAGAAGCUGCUGGAGGGGCAGCAGAAGCUCCAUCAGCUGUGGGUGGACUGGAGCCUGACGCAGCCCAAAGGAACCCAAGUCAGAACGGCGUGCCAGGCAGAGGUGGAGCCGCGCACCCUGGCCAUGCUGAGGAUCAUCACCCAGCAGCUGCAGCCCGCCUACCACCGCCUCAGGCUCAGCAUCCACGGCCUCCCCAGCAGCAUCCAGGAAGCCGUGUCUCGGGCCACAAGACACAUCCACAAGCUCCACAGCUCCUUUUCCAGGGCUAUGUCCUUCCAGGACCUCUCCAGAACCACCCUGGCCCGCAGCCAGGACCGUGUGGCGGAGGCCCGCAGGUCCCUGGAUGUCCUCUUUGAGUUUGUCACUCACAACACCCCUCUGAACUGGAUUGUGGGGCCCUUCAGGGCCAUGGCCAAGGUGGCACAGGACAGCAGAAGGCACAAGAAGGAAGAGAUGAGGUGUGAUAGAAAAUUACCCAAGUUGGAAAAGGCUCCGCUAUCACAGGAGAUGACAAAGGCACCUGAAGAGCUAAAGGGAACCAACAGGCUCUCAGAGAAAUGGUAUGAAGUGCUAGACAAGCUGGAGGAGCAGGUAGGGAAGGACACAGAGGUGGCCCUGGCUGCAAAGGAGAUAAAAACCAGUGCAGCAAAGGAAGAUCUCUGAUAAAUCCCAGCUCUUCUGGCCAAGGCUACUUGGCUAGAACAGCACUGGAUCUUCUAAUUGUGUGCCCACUUGUGCCAUGGGUGCCUCUGCUGUCUGAAUUUAGAGUCAGAUGUAGUUGUAAGGAGGUCUGAUAACCAAGGUGGGGAGAUUCUCAAUCUUGAUUUACUGUUUUUAAAUCCAACUGCUGUGCUGAAAGGGGAGAUGGGACCUGCACUGCAGCUUUUUAACUCAGCCCAGCUGUAGCUGUGAGUGCCUAAGUCUUGCUGAGACAAGUUGUGGGAGAGAAGUGAUCUCAAUUUGUUUUUAAUGCUGGACUUGUUUUUAAUUUGCCCAAGCUGUGGAACUCUUGAGAAGAUGCUAUGCUUGACCUUUGAUACCAUCUCCCACCUUCUCCACAUUUAAAAAUACAGGUUCAGACACAACUGCCUUUGUGCCUGUUGUGCUUCUGGGAAGGCUCGGUCCUGCAGCACAUCUGGCACAGCUGGGGGCAAGGAGCUCAAGAAGAGAUUUCUCUUCAUGGAUCAGCCAAACUCUUCUUCCUUCAUGGAGAAGCACUCAGCAGUGUGGGGUUUUCCUUAAUCAUCUUUCUAAUUUCUGUGAAUGACUUGAAGGAUUAUCUGUGAGUAACUCCAUGUGUGAAACACUUCACAGCCAUUAAAUGAGGCAGCUUUUCCCAGGAGUUACUCUGCCAUUAGGAUAUCCUGUUAUUAAAAUAGGGGGGAUUUUAAUCCAGGUGCUGGUUCUUUCCCAGAAAAUGCUACUUUGUAAUAAUUUCUAAUGUAACUUAUUUUGGUAACUGUUCCUGGCAUUGUCCCUUUGCCCGGGCUGGUGAGCAGACACUGGAAUAAAGCAUGACCUGUGUUCAAAA